AUGGCACGUCUAGCUGUGGCUUGCGUGAAGGGCCGUUUUCAGAGGAGCCUUCUUGCGCGGCGGCGGCAGAGGCGGCAGCGGCGGAAAGCGGCAGCGGCAGAGGCCGCACGGCGGCAGAAGAGGCGGAGGCCGCAGCGGCAGAAGAGGCGCUUGGCGUCCUCGGUGGGAGCGGCUGCAGCGGAGGCGGCGGAGGAGGCUGAAAAGGCCGCGCGGUGGCGGCGGAAGGCCUCAGCGGCAGAAGAGGCAGCGGCGUCCCAGACGGGGGCGGCUGCCAGCGGAGGCCGUGGUGGCGGCGGCGGAGGAGGCUGCGCGGCGGCGGAAGAGCCGGAAACAGCGGAGGCUGCGGCGGCUGAGGAGGCGGCAGCAGCGGAGGCCGCGGCGGCAGAAGAGGCAGCUGCUGCAGAGGCCGCAGCGGCAGCAGAGGCGGCCGGAGCGAGGGCGGCAGCAACGGAAGGCCGCAGCAGCGGCAGCUCGGGAAGCCGCAGCGGCGGCAGUAACGGUAACGGCGGCCGAGUCGGGGGGGCGGGAGCAGCGGAGUCUCGCCAGCCUUCACGGCCUUGA